AUGCCUGGACUCAUUAACAAGGAGACCCGCUGUGCUCUGCCGCUCAGCGUGUGUGACAUCACUUCCUGUGUCAGGGGUUACACUUUGGCUCUAACAGCUUCUAUGACCUAUGAGAACAUUGAAGAUCAUGCAAUCGAAGGGAUCUUUAUAUAUCCACUGGAGGAGAACUCCAUUGUCGUGGGGUUUGAGGCUAUGAUAUCCAGUCAAAUUAUUUCACUGCAAAUAAAAGGUAAAGCAAAGAUCGAUGACUGUUAUGUGGGUAGUUGCCACACAACAAACGGAGCUCUGCAGAGCGGCACCGGGCACAUACUGAUGGAUGAGGAUUUUGAGAGGACCGUGUUGGUGGUAAACCUUGGGAGUAUCCCUCCAAUGGAGACGGUCCAUAUCCUGGUCAGUACUUCCUCAGAACUUUCCACUCUACCCAGCGGGGGCAUCAGAGUUUCAUCCCCACCAGUUUGCACCCCGCGGGUACAGAGGACCAUCAAUGAGGAGCAGGGGUUGUCCCCAAACUUCUCCAGAACGCGUGAAAGACUCACCUGUGCCUCAAGUCCUCAUGAUCAAAACCUAAAUGCCCCUCAGCUGUGGUUGGCCACGCUGCUAGAAGAAGAAGCCAUCAACUCCAUGGACUAUGAGUUCAACUUCCAGCUGGAGAUUCGGGCUCCCUAUCUCCUCGCAGGUGUGGAGAGCCCAUCUCAUGCCAUCCGGGCCGAUGCAGACCCUUUGGCCCGCUCCGCCACCAGCAUCGUCAUCACGCUAGCUGACAAGUACACUUACGACUUCCCUGUUGAAAUCCUCAUCUACCCCAGCGAGCCCCAUGUGCCCCAUGUGCUCAUUGAGAACGGAGACAUGACGCAGGAGGAGUAUGACGAGUAUCUUCACAGCCGGAGCGAUUUCAUCAAAGCCACCAAGAAGGACUCCAGCAAUCAGAGGAAGAUGCAACCCUCUUGUUUCACCACAGAAAGGUCUAAGGUGGCGUACACAAUCUCUCUCCUCUCCGGCAAGGCCAAGAGGUGGGGAACUGCUGAGUGGCAGCGCGACUCUCCUAUCUGCUACAUUUUUCAGACUUUUGCCAAGGAGCUGUGUCGUGUGUUCGACCCAGUCCUUCCCAAGAGGGAGGCCGCCCGACGCCUGUUUUCCAUCCGUCAAGGUAGCCAUUGGAAUGAGGAGGCGCUCACUGACGCUUUUUACCGGGGUCUCAACGACAACAUCAAGGAUGGUCUUGCUACCAAGCGCUACCCUUACUCUCUACAGGACUUGGAGGACUUGGCCACCAGGGCCCCUAACCCUGAGGAACCCUUCGUCGUGGAGGUGGAUGCCUCCAGCACAGGGGUGGGGGCCAUACUCAGUCAGCGCAGUGUGGACAGACCACAAAAAUCUGGAGUAUCUCAGGUCGGCACGCCGAUUAAACCCCCGUCAGGCCAGUCCAAGACGUCCAGGCAUCCUCCUGCUGGACUGCUUCGCCCUCUCCCCUGUCCUAAACGUCCUUGGUCCCACAUUGGGAUGGAUUUUAUAACCGGUCUCUCGGACUCUGAAGGUCAUUCGGUCAUUCCUACGGUCGUGGACCGUUUCUCUAAGAUGACCCACCUGGUUCCCCUUCCCAAACUGCCCUCUUCUAAAGAGCUCGCUCACAUCAUGUUCGCUCCCCCCCCACCCGCCCGCCUGAUUGACGGGUCUCCUGCCUACACGGUCCAUCGCCUCCUCCGUUCUAGGAGGAGGGGUCGCGGCCUCCAGUAUCUGGUCGACUGGGAGGACGAUGCAUCACCAAGGAGGCGUGCAUACAGCACAAAUCAAAUCCCAGACUACAACCCAGCCAAAAAAACCUACACAUCCAGUGACCCCAGCUCUGUGGUGCCCAAGAAUCCACUGAGAAGGUCCAAAGUCCAGGAACUGACGGGCCAGAUGAGCCCCGAGCAUGAAGCUCAGUGGAAAAAUGACUACCAGCCGCAGGUGGCCAGCCUGUGUGCCACAUCGUUCAGAGGACGACCUGCCAGCUGUCACAUGCAACUCCCUCAGCAGGAGCCACCUCUGCCACAAGAAGAGGACUCUGAGCUCCAUUUCCAGCUGCAGGACAGCUCUCAUCACGGUGACAGCAGUGGGGCGCCGGUGGCUCGCAACCCCGCUGGGGAAGAUGGAUCCAGAUCGUCCACAGACAGCCCCUCUGUAGGCAGCAUAGGAGACACAGAGGGAUAUGGACACCAGCUGUGUCAAGCAGAAACCCCCCAAGAGGUUCACAUGUCAGAUCUGGGAUCUGCUGGCCACCACAAAGGAGACUGCAAGGCAGUGGUGUCAGGACUGCUGUGUGGAAAACCAAUGAAAUGGGAGGUGGCCUUUGAUAUCAAGCCUUUUUUAAAUGGCCGGGAACGUGAGGAAAAGGUUCACGAGGAUCUGUGGAAUGAAACCUUCCACCACCUGGCUGGGCGCUCCAUCAUACGGGACUUUGAGCACAUGGCAGAGAAGGAGUCUGAGAUAGAGCACGGUUGUGGCAGGAAGUACCAGGUAUAUGCCAUUCACACCAGCAAAUCUUGCAAUAUACUGAGCAAAUACACAACAUUGAUUCCUAUUGACCUGGACACCAAUGAGUAUUUGCCGACAUGUGUUGAAUACAUAAAUGCUGGUGAAGGUCAGAAGAGGGGGACCAGGUCUCGAUCAGGAAGCCACAAGAACAAAGUUUACUCGAUUGGCCUGGGUCGCUCUCAGUCAGGAGGCACGCCCGACGAUGCUGAAGACGUCUUGCUGCACAACAGUGCAGAGGAUGGUGUCUCUCCAUGCAGCACCCCCUCCUCUGCUGGAUGGGAGAAAUGCAGCUUCACUGAGGUCUCCCAAAGGAGUCCAUCUGUGACCUCUGACCAAUCCUUGAAAUCUGUGGAGAGCCUUUUUUCUGCCAGGCUGGCCCUCAGCAGGACUCGCCUCCUGACUCGAGCUGCCAAAGGAUUCAUGUGUCGAUCACACAGCAAGUCCGGCGAUUCUAUUGGAGAGAGUGAGAACGAGAACAAAGACUACAUUCCUCUGGUGUUGCUGCAGCUAGCUUGUGGUGCAUUUGCCCUGGACUCAGAUCUGUGUGAAGCCAUUAAUGUGCCAAUGGACAAGCUGAAGUGGACGUCUCCAUUUGUCAGCCACCGCACAAGCCUGGGCCACCUGUCCCACUCCAGCGCCCGCCACCCUGACAGCACCAAUGACAGGUACAGACCGCCGUUUGAGCCAGAGAUGUAUCAGCCGGCUGCAGAGCAGGAAGUUGGCAUCCAAAGUUCCUUGCUUUCAUCAAGGAACGUCCGGUCAGACACUUGUUCCUCCUUUAUACCCAGUAAGCCUUCAGCUGUUGAUCCCCCACCUCCCCAGGUGGACACAGCAUGGGUUUCAAGGUCAGGGGCCUUGGAAACAUCGCCAGGCGCCGUGUUGAAGAGGAUAAUGGAUCCAGAGAGCAUGGUGUGGGCAACAGCUGUGGCCCUUGCCUGGCUGGAGCACAGCUCAGCCAGCUAUUUCAUUGAGUGGGAACUGGUGGCUGCCAAAGCCAGCAUGUGGCUGAGCGCACAGGAAAUCCCAGAAGGGAAAGAUUUAGCAUCCAUCAAGUCUGCUGCCAAUCAGCUCUUCAUCAUCCUCAGACACUGGGAUGAAAACCUGCAGCUCAACAUGUUGUGCUACAAUCCCAACAGUGUCUGA